UUUCUGAAUCAUAAUUGGAUUGGGUAUGAAGCAGAUCUAGAUCAAAUUUGCUACCAAGGUUUAUCCACUGAAUACCAACUGAAUCAUCUCAUAGGGAACUUGUCAAAAACGUUUGUCGCGCUUAUUGAUGGAAUUGUGAUGGGUGGAGGAUGUGGCCUUUCCGUGAACGGUCGAUAUAGAGUUGCAACUGAGCGCACUAUGUUGGCAAUGCCUGAGACUGCACUGGGACUUUUUCCUGAUGUGGGAGGCUCCUAUUUUCUUUCGCGGCUUAAGAACAACCUCGGGUUUUAUUUGGCUUUGACUGGAUAUCGACUUCAUGGCGCCGAUGCUUUGCAUGCUGGUCUGGCCACUCAUUAUAUUCCUUCUGCAAAACUUGCCGAUUUACAAAAGAAGUUGCUGUCAUUGGACAAUGUUACUGACAAGUCUGUUGAUGCCACCAUACGAGAGUUUGAGCCUGCCAACAUCCCUGGCUUCACCUUAGAGGAACAUCUUCCAGUAAUCGAAAGAACGUUUGAGGCUACAUCAGUUGAGGGGAUAGUUAGUAAUCUCAAAAAAGAAAAUACCGAAUGGGCUGAAAAGCAGUUAAAAACGUUGUCAAAAAUGAGUCCGACGUCAAUGAAGGUCACAUUUAAGCAGCUUAAAAAUGGAGCCAAUAUGGACUUUAGCAAGGUUUUCACAAUGGAGUAUCGCCUUACCCAGAGAUCUGUCGAGGACCAUGACUUUCACGAAGGUUGCAGAGCAAUUUUAAUCGACAAAGACAGAAAUCCGAAAUGGAAGCCUGCAACUCUAGAAGAAGUGUCGGACGCCCAUAUAGAACACUACUUCGCCCCUCUAGACGGCAAAGAAGAUCUAUUUCUCGGCGAUUCGAAUGCUAAGAUAUAG